AUGCCCCGUGACCGAUUCAUGGACUUGCUGUCCCAUUUGCACUUCACCGACAGCAGUCAGGCAGAUACAGGUGAUCGCCUCUACAAGGUCCGCCCAGUGGUAGAUACACUGACUGAGAACUUCAAAUCAGUCUACCUUCCCGACAGCCGUAUAUCCACGGACGAGUCGCUGUGGAAGUCGGGGGAGAUUGAAGUUCAAGCAAUUCAACCCCAAGAAGCGCGCCAGAUUUGGCAUCAAGAUCUUCUCGGCAAGGGGUACACCGUAUUUCUUGACAACUGGUUCAGCAGCCCUUCUCUGUUCCGUGAACUCCACAGUCACAAGACCAACGUCGUCGCGACAGUCAGGAAAAGUCGGAAGGACAUGCCCAAGGACUUGUGCGACUUGCAACUUCGUAAAGGCGAAGUUGCAUAUCACUCUUCAGACAAUGGCCUGCUUGCCUUGGUCUGA